AUGAAGGCCGAGUACGUCGAGAAACAGAAGGAGUACGAGGCCAAGAAGGCCCGGGCGAAAGCCCUGAAGCUCCGCCUGACAUGCACCAUCUGCGGGACGAACCCGAAGACCUUGCUGAACUGCCCGUACUGCUCGACAGCGUGUCAAAGAAUCGACUGGCGCGACCGCGGCCACCGCAAGGCGUGCAAGAAGAUCCGAAACGAGCGCGCGGCGGAGGCGGCGCGGGCCGAGGCCCCGACGCCGGAGCCGCCCCCGAAGGAGAAGGAGAUCUUCUACGGCCCCGCGCCGCGGUCGCACGCCGACGAGGUCCGCGCGCGCAUCGCCGCGGAGCACGAGGCGGCCCGCGUGCGGCGCGAGGCGAACCCGGAGCCGGAGCCGUAUUCGGCGCGGUUCGGGGCGCGGUGCCCGAUCUGCAUGGAGGAAUGGGACGUGAAUGAGGCGACUGCGCUUCGUAGCUGCUGCUGCCGGAGGGUCUGCGAUUCAUGCGAUGACAAGAUCAUCAACGCCAAGAUGCCGUGUCCACUCUGUCGUUUGCCGUUUCCUUCAGAUAAUGCGGAAUAUCUUGCUCGGCUUCGUCGUCACGCGAAGAACGAGGUGCCGGAGGCAGUCGGGCUUUUGGGAAGUUGUUACCGCCAGGGUACGCACGUCACGAAAUCGGAGAAGAAGGCCGUGAAACUCUACAAGCGCGCCGUGGAGCUCGGGGAUUCGAUGAUGGGCAAGCCGCGCGGCAUGCGCGGCAUCGUCUGCAUACUCCUCAUCGGCAGCGCCGAUGCGCUCGCAGCGACGUUGGCACCGCCGGCGACCAAGGCGAUCCCGCCGAAGCUGCACGCCUCCACGGUGCGCGAGCCGCUGCUGGACCAGUACCGCGACUUCGAGGCGCUGCGCGAGGUCGAGUUCAGCCGCGAGUCGUUGCAGCGGUUCUUCCGGACGCGGCCGCACCUCGUGGUCAACCGCUUCUCGUCGGUCGCGUGGACGCUGCGCAAGGCGCAGGAGGAUUGGGACGCGUCCGGCGGCCUCAAGCGGGGCGAGAAGAGCGCCGAGUUCGACCCGACGACGCUCGCGGGCAACGACGUCGGCGGCCGCGGCGCCCGCCUCUGCGCGGCGCUGAGCUCGCUCGGGCCCGUGUCCGUGAAGCUGUCGCAGACGCUGAGCCAGCGGCCGGACAUCGUCGGCGACGAGGCGGCAGUGUCGCUGAAGGCGCUGCAGACGCAGAACGUGCCCUACGACGACGAGAUCGCCUGGGCCAUCGUGCGCGAGGACCUGGGCUGGCGCGGGCCCAUCGCGCCGGGCGUCGGGGACGGCGACGGCGCGCCGCUCUUCGCGGCCAUCACCCCCGAGCCCAUCGCGCCGGGCGUCGGGGACGGCGACGGCGCGCCGCUCUUCGCGGCCAUCACCCCCGAGCCCAUCGCGACGGCGUCCCUCGGCCAGGUCUACAAGGCGACGACGCACGACGGCCGCGAGGUCGCCGUCAAGGUCCAGCGGCCCGACGCCAUGGAGAUCCUGUCGAAGGACUACCAGUGCUUCCUCCUGGCGCUCUCGGCCGUCCAGCUCUCGUGGGCGCUGUCCGCGGGCGCGUUCGAGGCGGACCUCAAGCUCAUCGUCGACCGCGUCGCCGCGGACAUCUACGACGAGCUCGACUACCGCAAGGAAGCGGAGAACGGCCGCGACUUCGAGGCGAGCCUCGAGUUCCUGGGCUUCGUGCGCACGCCCGAGGUGCUCGACGAGUACACGACGCGGCGCGUGCUCGUGACGGAGUGGGUCGCGGGCCACCACCUGAGCAAGCUCCCCGCGGAGGAGGGCCUGAAGAUGACGCGCAUGGCCGUCGAAGCCUGCACGGCGUCGCUCGUGCUCACGGGCUACGUCCACGCGGACCCCCACGAGGGCAACCUGAUGCUCGGCGACGACGGCAAGCUCGUGUUCUUGGAUUUCGGGUUGAUGUCGUCGGUGGACCCGGACAUCAUGGAGGCCUUCGCGCGGGGCAUCCAGGCGUGCCUGGCCGAGGACUACGCGGGCCUGGCCGUGUGCUUCCGCGACGUCGGGUUCCUGACGGACCCCGUGCAAUACCGCGCGGACCCCGCGAAGGAGCCCUUCGCGCCCGCGCCGCGGGCCGCCGACGGCUCCGACCCGCUCUUCCCGGAGUUCGUCGACGCGCUGACGGACGCCAUGGAGACCGUCGAGGGCGGCACGAGCCGCUUCGGCGCGCUGGCGACGGUCCUGAACCAGGUCCUGGCGCCGAACUGGAAGAUGUUCACGCCGCCCUACGUGCUCCUACUCGUGCGCACGUUCCUCACGCUCGAGGGCAUCGCCGCGGAGGUCGAUCCCAACUUCAACAUCUACGAGAUGUCGCUGCCCUGGGCCGUGCGGCGGUCGCUCGCGCCGUCGUCGGCCGCGGGCGUCGACGCGCUCCGCGCGACGCUGCUCACGCCGGAGAACCGCGUCCAGUGGCGGCGGCUCCUGGACCUCGUGCCCACGGAGGCCGCGGAGGCCGCGGCGGCGGAGAAGACGGCGUCGACGGAGCAGGCCAAGCAGGAGGCCAUGAACGACGCCGUCGGCUCGCUCCUCGGGUCGCCGCGCGGCGCCGCGCUCCGCCAGGUGCUCAACGAGGUCGACCUCAACGACCUGCUCGCGCGCCUGCGCUCGAGGGAGGGGCGGCCGCUCCGGCGCGCCGCGUCCGAGGCCCUCGGCGCCAAGGUCUCGGACAAGCUCUUCAGGCGCGACGCGCCCCCCGAGGACGCCGUCGCCGUCGCGGACGCGCGGCCCGUCUCGGCGCGCGCGCUCCGCAUCCGCGCGCGCGAGAACCAGUGGAAGGGCAAGGUCGCCAGGCUCCUCGUCGGCAGCCACCUCAAGCGCCAGCUCCGGAGCGGCUUCCGCGGCCUCCUCGCCUUCGGCACGCUCUCUUGGCUCGCGGUCUGCGGCCUGCCGAGCGACGGCGCGCCGGACUGCCCUGGCUCGCCGUACACGGAGGCGGCCUGCGGCCACGCGCGCUGCUGCUGGAAGGACGACCGCUGCGUCGCGCCGGGCCAGGCGUCCGCCGGCGACGACCUCGCGACGCUCCAAUUCUUCGGCGGCGACCAGGCGCCGGCGCAGCUCGGCGCGCUCCGCGGCGGCGUCGCCGCGGCGACGGACGACGUCGUCGCCGUGACGUCGCUGACGUUCCCGCCGAUCUUCGGCGCGGGCGGCGGCGGCGCCAGCGGCGCGGCGUUCCCGCGCAACCUGGCCUUCGGCGGCGCGAAGCCAGCGCUCCGAACGAUCCGCUGGCGGCCCCACGAGCUCGUGCGCUCCGGCGAGGUGCUCGUGGACGGCGUCACCAUCGACGUCACGUCGACGGUCCGCGUGGGCUUCAACGCCACGCAGGUCCGCCUCGACUUCACGAACCCGACGGACGCGCCCGUCGACGUGUCCAUCGAGGCGGAGUUGGUCGCCGAGGUCCAGUGGUUCGAGGCGACGGGCUGGGAGCAGCGUCCUGUGGCCGUGACGAGCUGGGAGUGGGGCCACCCCGGGCCGCCCACGGACGCCGGGAGCUACGCCGCGACGCUGAACGGCUCGUCCGCGCGGUCCUGCGACGCGCGACCCCUGCGGCCCGUGCUCUUCCUCGAGGACUGCGACGCCGACGAGCCGCGGCAGCGCUGGUCCGGCGCGCUCUUCGACGGUGGGAAUUCGACACUCCAGAACGCGGCGACGGCCUCGUGCCUCUCGAACGCGAGCGCGCAGCCCCUCAUGAUGGCCGACGGCUGCGGCGCGGGCGCCGGCGAGUUCGCCUUGAAGGGCGGAUCCAUCGUCGCCGCGGAGACGGGCCUCUGCCUCGACGCGAUCCACGGCUUCAACUACACGGACAUCGGCCAGUACGGCUGCCACGCGCGGGACUCGUCGGACUUUCCCCACCAGCAGUUCCGCUACGACGGCGGUUUACUGAUCAACGAAGCGACGCGCCAAUGCGUCGCGACGUCGCGCGCGCCCCCAAAGCGCGCGUGCGCGGGCAUGGCCGCGGCGGCGUCGGACGCGCCCUGCGAGCUCUCCGCCGCCGCUGGGGCCGCGAAGGUCGCGUGCGCCGUGUCCCUCGACGAGCACUUCCCGUCGGGCUGGGUCGCGUUCGUGCUGGACGUCGGGCUCGAGGACGACGCCGUCGAGGCCGACGCGGCGGCGGCGGCCGCCGAUUUCCCCAAGGCGUUCGACGCCGCCGGCGCGGGCUCCGAGGCGUGGUGGGCGUCGCUCUUCGAGCCCGACGGUGCGAGUUACCCCGGCAACCUGCCGGUCCUCGAGACGGACGACGCGGAGCUCCUGCGGACGUACUACGGCGCGCUGCUGUCCUUCGGGGCCGUGUCCCAGACGACGCCGGCGGGCGAGACCGUGUACCGGAGCGUCGGGACGACGGCGGGCGCCACGGCGCUCUACAUGUGGGACACGGGCUACUCCUCGGACGUCUGGGCGCUCCUCGACGCGCCCGCGGUCGCGGACGUCGGCGCGCUGUUCCUCGGCGCGGAUCUGGACCACAACAACGUGCUGGACAUCCUCACGCGGCGCGGCGCGGGCAAGUACUACGCCUUCAGCCGCUACGCGACGUUCCUCACGCUGCGGGCCGCCGUCGCGCUCGGCGGCGCGGACGUCGCCGUCGACGCGCUCGACGGCCUCGCGACGGCCUACCUGGCGUUGCCCCAGCUCGACGGCGGCAUGCCGGACUACGGCGCGUCGCCCGACGGCUUCCUCGAGUGCGUGCCGACCUACGUCCACGGCGUCGCGGCCUUGGGCGCCGCGAACGCGUGGAUGCUCCGCGAGACCGCGGCGCUCCACCGAAAAGAGGGCAACGGAACGCGAGCGGCGUAUCUCGAGCAGCUGGCCGCGGCGGCGUCGAACGCGACGCUGGGGCUCCUCGUCGAGGACGGCGGCUACUUUGAAGCGCGCUAUCCGAACGAGACCGUGCCCGUGCGCACGUGCCUCGACUUCAUCCACGUCGGCACGUCCAUCCCCGGCGACGUCGACGCCGGCGCGCGAAAAGCCAUGCGCGGCUUUUUUGAUGAAGAGCUCCGCACGCCGGGCUGGAUGCGGGCGCUGAGCCUGGACGACGCAGCGGCUCCCGACUCGGACCGCGCGGACCACGGGCCCCGCGGCGCCUGGGACGGCUGGGUCGGCCUCUCGGCGACGGCGCUGGGCAACCUCGGCGACUAUGCGGGCGCCCUGGACCUGCUCCGCGACGCCGGCGGCGUCCUGUCCGAGGGGCCUUUUGGCCAGGCGCACCGCGUCUACGGCGACAACAACACGGAGAUGGUCCGGCCGCCGCGCAAGGGCGGCGACCAGGCCUACCUGGCGACCUGCGGGGUCACGCUCGCGUCGGCGGUGAUCCGCACGCUCUUCGGCUUCGACCCGCCGGUACAGGGCGCGGCGGACCCGGCCGCGCUCCUCCGCGACGCGCGGACGCCCCGCGGCUUCGACGGCGUCCUCCGCCGCGUGCCCUACCGCGGCGCGCUCUACGACAUCAAGAGCCGCAAGGACCGCGGGCUGGAGAUCGCGCCGUCGUCGGCGUAG